AUGGCGAACGCACUCAAAGACCAGGGCAACAAAGCAUUCCAGGCGAAAGACUACGACAACGCCAUCGACCUCUUCUCCCAGGCCAUCGCGCUCGAUCCAUCCAACCACGUCCUCUACUCCAACCGCAGCGCUGCCAAGGCCGGCAAACGCCAGUGGGCAGCCGCCCUCGAGGACGCGGAGCAGUGCGUGAAAAUCAACUCGGCGUGGUCCAAAGGCUACGCGCGCAAGGGCGCCGCGCUCCACGGUGCGCACAGAUAUGACGAGGCCAUUGCCGCGUAUGAGGCCGGUCUGAAGCUCGAGGACAGCCCCGCCCUCCGGCGCGGUCUCAAGGAGGUUCAAGACGCGAAAGCAGCAGACGAACGCGGUGAUGGCGCGGAGCCUUUCGGCCUGGGCAAGCUCUUCGGCGACCCGAACCUCAUAGGCAAGCUCGCGUCGAACCCGCGCACCGCAAAGCACCUCGCGGAUCCUGCGUUUGUGCAGCGUCUGCAGGCGCUCCAGCGCAACCCGCAGCUCGCUGAUGGCGCCCUCCAGGAUCCUCGCAUGAUCGACGUUCUCGGUGCGCUGAUGGGCGUCGACAUGCAGGGCUUUUCCCGCGAGGAGGGCUCCGGGGACCUACCCGAGGGACUGAAGCGCGAACAGACGGAACACGGUCACGAUCACGAUCACGAGCAUGAGCAUGAACAUGGGCACGCGCAUGAGCAUACGCAUACGCCGCAGCCCGCUGCGUCCACGUCCACACCCCCGUCCGCAGCGAAGGUGGAGGAAGAGGAUGUGGAGAUGGCAGAGGACGACGAGGACGCUCGUGCACGCUCGGCGGCGGAGGCGGAGAAAAAAGUCGGUGCGGAAGCCUACAAGGCGCGCGACUUCGCCACUGCGGCGACGCAUUUUGAGAAGGCGUGGGAGCUCUGGUCGAAGGACAUCACGUUCCUGACCAAUCUUGCAGCGGCAUAUUUUGAGCAGGGAGAGUACGACAAGUGUGUAGAGACCUGCGAGAAGGCAGUAGACGAGGGUCGUUCGCUGCGCGCUGACUACAAGCUCAUCGCGAAAGCCCUCGGGCGCGCCGGUAACGCCUGCUCCAAGAAGGGCGACCUCACGACCGCGGUCAAGUACUACAACAAGUCGCUCACGGAACACCGCACGCCGGACAUCCUCACGAAACUGCACGACGCUGAGCGCGCAGAGGUGGCGGCAACGCGGCUCGCGUACAUCGACCCCGAGAAGGCGACACACGCGCGCGAGGAGGGGAACGCGCUCUUCAAGGCGGGCGACUUCGCCGGCGCGGUGAAGGCGUACACCGAGUCGAUCAAGCGCGCACCGGAGGACCCGCGCGGGUACAACAACCGCGCGAACGCGUACACGAAGCUCGUCGCGUUGCCCGAGGCGCUCAAGGAUACGGAGGCGGCGAUCCGCGCGGACCCGAGCUUCGUGAAGGCGUACAUCCGUAAGAGCCAUGUCCUUUACGCGAUGCACGAGUAUACCAGGGCCGUCGAGGCCGUCGAGCAGGCUGCGGAUGUGGAUACGGAGAAGAAGCAUAGCCGGGAGAUCCAGGAGCAGGUGGUCAAAUGCCAGCAGGAGCUUUUCAGCCAGCGCUCGGGAGAGAAUGACGAGGAGACGCUCCAGCGGGCGAUGCGCGACCCCGAGAUUGCGAAAAUUAUGGGCGACCCAGUCAUGCAGUCUAUCCUGCAGCAGGCGCAGACGAACCCGGCGGCCCUGCAGGACCACAUGAAGAACCCGACUGUGCGCCAAAACAUCAUGAAGCUGAUCAACGCCGGCGUCAUUAAGACGCGGUAG